UGGUAAUUUUAAAUAUCCAAUCAAAGUCAAUACAAAGUUGAGCACACUCGACACGUGCGAAAGUAUCGUAGCCAAUAUGUUUUGCAAAUACUGUUUUAUAAAUCUAAGAAUUACUGUGAUGACUAACAUUAAUCGUUUGUACUGAAAUGUAAAUAAAACUUAGUUAUACGUUAUGAUGAAAGAAUAAAUUAAUUUGGCACUAGUUAAUAAAAAAGAAGAAAUGUGAAUGAAUCAGUGUAAUCAGUUUUUGGUUUAUAAAGAAGUCCAAAAAUAAUGGAAAAAAAAAUAUAAUGGAAGAUCAAAGUAUUUUAACGUCAAAAGCAUAUAAACGUGCCGAGUCAAAUUUAAAAGACAAAUUAAAAUCAGUCUUCUUGAGAAAUUAUCCCCAUCAUUUGGUACCAGGAUAUAAUUUACAUAAUAAUUUCUCUGGAGAUGAUAUAGAUUUAGAAAAUGUUGUACAACAAUAUCAAGAUUAUCCCUAUUAUUGUGAUCUACCAAGGCCUCUCUUGCCACCUGCUAAAUUACCUAGAAGUGUGUUAGAGGAUAAGGAUCCUGCAUUAGAACUACUUACUAUCAAAAAACAUCUGAAUAAUGCUAUACAAAGACUAAAGUAUUAUUAUCUUAAGCAUGAAAAAGAGUUAGGGGUGAUACAUAAGAGAGAUAUAAAAUGGAAUUGUUCAAAGAAUGCAGCUACUGCUAAGGUGCCUAAAUAUAUAGCAGAUAUAGCAGCAAUCAUUGACAUGGAUCCAGAUCCUUAUUUUGAAGGGGCUUAUAAUUGGUAUUAUACGGGUGGAACAGUGAACCAUGUACAGUUAAAUAAUAUAAAUAUAUUAUUUUUUCCAUUUAUGGAUGAAUUAGUUGCUGCACCUAUUGUUAACGUAGAAGAAUAUAUAUGGAAACCAUUAUUUCAAAGGGCAUCUAAAUGUAAUCUUAUUGGUUCCUUGUAUGAAUUAAAACACAACAUUAAUGGUGGUACAUGUAAUGUUAUGGGUAGAUACAAAAAUCAUUGUAACUUUUACAUGCUAUCAGAACGGGAUAGUAAAUACAGCCUUAUUGAAAUCCAUAGACAACCAUCAAAAGUGCCUUAUGUUAGUGCAGAUUUAAAUUUAAUUGAUACCAAACAGUAUUGUACAUUAAAUGUGGCAAGAUCUGUAACAUUAUGGGAUUUAACUAGAAUGAAGCAUAUAAGUAGUAACACUAUAAUGCAAACCACUACAGUAGAUGAUUCAUGGGGAAGUAUAAAGUUUCAAAAGAUGGAUCCAAGUGUUAUUUUGUUUGUUGAUAGAUGUUGCCUUCAUUAUCUUGAUGUUAGGAUCGAAUUUAGUCGACCGGCAUUAACAUUGUAUCCAAGAUCUUAUUUGGAAAAAUGUGAAAGUCUUUCAUUAGAUAUUGCAAGUAGAAACGAUUCUUGUAGAUAUGUAGGUACUUAUCAUAGCGUUCUAAUGUGCGAUAAUCGUUCUCCAAAACAAUGCGUACAACAAAAAUGGACUCAUCAAUUGAAAAGUCCGCCGCUUAUGGGCAACGUUAUAAAUAGAGAUGACAAGGAAUUCGUUGUCUUAUCUAGUCAAAUACCUGGCGAAAGUACAGUAAUUUUAAAUACUUGGACAAGUAGUGAGACUUCACACUCAUUUAAUUUUCCAUUUACCCCUCCUCAUAUUAUAAACACAUUAAAUGAAUCUCAAAUGCAAGGAAUGUGUUUGAAUCCACAUUUAAGAGACAGAUUCUACUUAUGUAAUACUGGUUCCACAGUUAUUGCAAACGAAUCUAAAAAUAUAUUUUUGUUUCAACAAAAUUCGAUUGGUGAUAUGUAUUAUCAGUGCAUAACACAUAAUACCGAAUUAAAUAAAUAUUCACCUAUCAAUUGUAAAUCGUUAUACAUAUUAAAUGCUUGGGAAAACGCGAUAAGUUUACAAACGGACACUAUAGCGCCUCUUACGAUUUCGGACAAAUCGAAUAUGCAACGUGCUUAUGAAAAUUUUACAAAUAGAAAAUUACGAUUGAAACAUAACGAACGUGAAUCACAUGAUUACUAUGAACCGAGUUGGAAGCAAUCUCUCGAAAAAUUAAACUCUUACAUGGAUAUACUAGCACCGGAACUUUUAGGCGUUUGGGAAAUAUGCGAAGAAGUUCCAUUACCUUUAACAACAGCACCUCAUCAAAAAGUUCUAAACUGGUUAGAAUCUGCAGAUACGAAACCAUUAGUUCCUACACAAGAGGAAUUGGAUAACGUAGCAACACCAAUUAAUACUCAAGAAUUAAUAAGCGUGUCCCAAGAAGUAGACAUAACUUGUUUAGACGACAGUAACGUUUUACAAGAAUUAUUUUUACCGAAAGUUAAAAUCGCGCGUUCGAAAAAGAAAGAAAAUGUACGAAAAACACAAAAAGAUGAGUUUUGUUAAAAUGGGGAACUAAAUGUUUGCAAUUACUAUUUUUAUAAAUUUUAUAUAACAAUUAACCAUUUGGACGAAUUACUUGUUUAUUUAUGCAAAAAGUAUACAAUAAUUACAUGUACUGUGCAUUAACAAAAUAAACGAACAUGUUAACGAAA